AUGUCAUCCUCAGAUGUUCGUUCCAUCCUCAAUCUGCCCCAAGCAGGUCCAUCAGCCCCCAGGCGUACCACCACAGCGAAUCCAGCGGUCAAAAAACCAGAUGGUAUCUCAAGAGAGUUAUACGCACUCAUCGGAGACAAUGCACCCUCUCUAGCAGAAGCACAAGCAUCCAUAGCCGCCGUCAAGUACCGCGAGAAACCAUCACUCAAAUCCAAGAAGAUUCAUUGGGAAUGGACACCAUUCUCACCGGCUGCAAGGCAGGAUAAUCCCGUCAAACUCGGACAUUGGGCGAGAAUCACGGAUGCAGAUCCUGGAGCCAGUGGUGAGUCUUUUAGUCAACCGGAUAUCGCUGACAGUCAGUCGAGUACUUUGGAAAAUUCAACCUUCACGGCCCAUCGGUCAUGGAGUAUAGAAAUCAAAGAUCGUUACUAUACUAUCUGCCGACGACUAGUACGUACGCGUACGGCUGCCGAUCCGCAAGCUCAACAGCAGCUCAUUCAUGCGUAUGCUUUUGACAAAGGUGAGCUUCCUCUAUACGUAAAUGUCGCUGACAAUUCAGCUCGCGAGAUCAAACGCAAACAGUAUGCAUCGGAGUUGUUCCAUCUUACCGCCGCUGAGAUCGCCGAGGAGGAAGCCCUUUACAUCGAGGUCAAGAGGAUGGAACAGAACGAACGACGGUACCGUGCUGAUCGGGACGGUCUAAUGCGGACUAUCAUGGGAUUGGACAGUGGUUUGGUCGAAUUCGAUCAAUCCAAUGUGGAAGCGAUCUUUGGUAUUGACAAGAAUAAGAAACGAAAGCGAGCCGAAGAAGGCGAACCGGCUCCUCCACCACCACCACCGCCUAAGAGACAUCCCAAAGAACAAGCCGCUUUCGAUCUCGCCCAUUGCAUCUAUCACUUACCCCCACCCCCUACCAAUCCACAUUCGUCUCACCUCGCCAGUAAACAUCCUGUUCAUCAGCCUGUUCACCUUCGAUCCACCAAGAUCCCCCCACCGAAACCCAAUGCAGCCAUACGUAUCACUGAACUGCUCAAUGAGCUUGGAAUCAGUGCUCACAAACUGGUCAUGCCGACACGUACCAACAUUGAGAUGUUUGACAGCCUCCUUCAAGCGGCAGGUGCACUUAUCGACAUGAAGCGACAAGUAGACAGGGUGGAACAGGAACUUCGCACGGUGAAAGCACAAAAGGAAGGUCUUCUCCCCAUCCUCGAGAGUAGAAAGGCGAGAUCUGAAUCUGUCACUUCGACUGAUACCACGACGACGACGAAUAAUAACAGGCCAAGUCGAGGGUUAUAG